AUGUCCGAGUUGACACCCGAAGCCUCUCGACUCUAUCGUGUCCGUAAGACAACCGUUAAAAUGCUUCACAAUCGUGGCUACAUUGUAAGCGAGAACGAGCUCGUCAUGACACCCGAAGCUUUCCAAGGACAGUUUGGCACGAAUCCGACUCGAGAAAUGAUGACAAUUCUCGUGGAAAAAAUCGAUGAUCCAAGUGAUAAUUUAUUUGUGUUUUUUCCCGAAGACACGAAAGUUGGGGUCAAACCCAUUCGCAAUUAUUGCAAUCGCAUGAAGGAUGAAAAUGUGACCAAGGCCAUUCUUGUGGUUCAAGAAGGAAUUACACCCUUUGCACGUCAAGCACUGAAUGAAAUGGCACCACGAUACAAAAUUGAGCAUUUUAAAGAGACGGAAUUACUUGUGGACAUUACGGAACACACGCUUGUGCCUGUGCAUCGUGUGCUUGGACGUGAUGAAAAGGCAGCACUGCUCAAACGGUACCGGAUUCGGGACUCUCAGUUGCCACGGAUGCAAGUGACGGACCCCAUUGCUCGUUACUACGGUAUGACUCGAGGACAAGUGGUCAAGAUCAUUCGUCCAUCAGAGACGGCAGGACGUUAUGUGACGUACCGUGCUGUCAUUUAA